CUCAGGUGGCGUGGGAAACGCAUUUUGUGUCUUUUGAAGAGUGCAUCGAGCAUCUUUUGGCCGGUACGGGGUAGGAAAAUAAUUGCACGUCUUCCAGCAAACAGAUCAGAAGGAUGGCAAUCAGCAGUAAGAAACCGGUGUCGCUCGGCUUGCGGAAACGGAAGGCGCCCUGGACACCGACACGGGACUCGGCGAGUGACGGCGAGGCAUCGGAUAACCUAGCAAGCGAGGACGAUGUUGACGGUAACAACGAUGGUAGCGAUGAUGAUCAAGAGCACGACGCAAGCGACGCAUCAGUCGAGGAUAGUGAACAGAUGGUCGUCAGCCGAGCGCGGCACAAAGUGACACCGCUGGUGAAGAAGAACGUGGCCGGUAUCAUCUACAUUUCCUCCGUUCCGAAGCACAUGAACGUAACCAUCCUGCGGGAGCUGCUGGAUCCGUAUGGUGAAGUUGGGCGCAUAUACAUGCAACCGGCACGGAAAGGCAACACGGUACGCAAACGAACGGCCAAGGGCAAACGGGCGAUGCUGCAGUACACGGAGGCAUGGGUGGAGUUCGCAAGGCGACGGAUCGCGAAAGCAGUCGUCCAGCAGCUGAACGCGAAACCUAUCAGCACCAGCCGAAAGUCCGUGUUUUGUGACAUCCUGUGGAGCAUGAAGUACCUGCCGCACUUCCAGUGGAUGCAGCUGAGCGAACGGCUGGCCUACGAGAAAGCCGUUGCCCGCCAGAAACUACGCACCGAGGUGGCCCAAGCCCGCAAAGAGGCAUCCUACUUCCAGUCCAAUCUUGAUCGCAGCGAGGCCUCUCGGCGGCGGGCAGGAGCAGGCUCAUCCUCCUCAUCGUCGAAAGGUAGAGGUUCCAAGGUCCCGUAAACCGUCGCACAGCACGCUACUUGCCCUAUUUGGAUGGUUUUUGGUGGAUAUUUCUAUUACGUUUAUUUGAUGAAGCUUUUAUAUGUACAGCAGUUUAGCGGAGCGCGGCUGCAGAACGCAAUUUUCUACGCCUACGCGAUCGAUUAUGUGGAUUAAUAUAAGCAUAAGUUUGUGAUUGCUCGUCCGCUUUGUGUGCGUAUAUAUGGGGAUAUGAUUAUGCGCUACUCUGCACUGUUGGCCCAAAAAAACAGAACAUAGCAGGCCGGUAAUUCCCGGCGAUGUGUCUCCGAAAGAUCUGCCAAACUAUUUUUUUUUGCAUAGGGCCAAAACAUUAAAACGUAAAUUCAUGUAUUAAUGAGGGAUGCAGGGAAUGAAUUUGUACAUUUGAAUUUUGGUUAUAAUUUUAAAAGCGUUUCGCACACACUGCACGUUCGCGUGAAAUACGUAAUUAAGUAUGGUUGGUAAUCGUUUUUAAAUCAUUGAAUUAUUACGAACCAAA